GACGGGCGGGCGGCAGCCGGGGCCGCACCGGGCUCGCCAUGGACUACUCCUACCUCAACUCCUACGAGUCCUGCGUGGCCGCCAUGGAGGCGAGCUACGAGUUCAGCCCCUGCAGCCAGGCGGGCUCCUUCCAGUACAGCCCCAUGCGGGGGGGCUUCGGGCCCGCGCCCGCCUGCGCCCCCCUCGCCUCCGCCAGCUGCGCCCUGGGUGCCCUCCGCGACCACCAGCCCUCGCCCUACUCGGCAGUUCCCUACAAAUUCUUCUCGGACCCGUCGGGGAUCAACGAGAAGCGGAAGCAGCGGCGGAUCCGGACGACAUUCACCAGCUCGCAGCUGAAGGAGCUGGAGAGGGUCUUUGCCGAGACCCACUACCCCGACAUCUACACCCGCGAGGAGCUGGCGCUCAAGAUCGACCUCACCGAGGCCCGAGUGCAGGUGUGGUUCCAGAACCGCCGAGCCAAAUUCCGCAAGCAGGAGCGUGCGGCCAAUGCCAAGGGUGCCAGCGGCACCGGCAGCGCCGGGAAGAAGUCGGAGCCGCGCUCCUCCUCGGAAGACGACGAGUCCAAGGAAUCCAACUGCAGCCCGACCCCGGACAGCACGGCGUCCCUGCCCGCCGCUGCCAUCGGCAGCCCCGGCGGCAGCCUGAGCCCCAGCCCCGGCGCGGGGGCACCCCUGGGACCCGGCCAUGCCCCCCAGCCCCUCAAGGCGCCCCUCUGGGCAGGGGUGGGGGGCGCCAGCGGUGCCCCCAACACGGCCGAGCUGCUCAAAGCCUGGCAGCCCACCGAGGCUGUGCCGGGACCCUUCUCCGGCGUCCUCUCCUCCUUCCAUCGGAAACCCAACGGCAUCAAGACAAACCUCUUCUGAUCGCCGAGCCAGCGGACCCGGCUGCCCCCCAAACCCCCCUCGGCCCCCCAAACCCUGCACCCUGCGCCCACCGCCCCCACCGCGAAGCUCCAGCGGGCGGGGAGAGGGAGCGGGGAGCGCCCCCGCCACCUCCGCACCCUGCGCGGGUGGGACGGAGCCGGAGCGGGGCAGC